AUGAGUUUAAAACAGCCGUGCAUUUUUCUCAAAGGAGCCGCCAAGAGACAUAGAAGACUUACGAAUGAUGAAAUUGAUGAAUUGCGUGAGGCAUUUGUGGAGUUUGACAAAGACAAGGAUGGCUACAUCAGCUGUAAAGAUCUGGGGAACCUGAUGAGGACCAUGGGCUACAUGCCCACAGAGAUGGAGCUCAUCGAACUGAGCCAGAACAUCAACAUGAACUUAGGCGGCCGGGUGGAUUUCGAAGACUUUGUAGAGUUAAUGACUCCAAAGCUCCUGGCUGAGACUGCUGGGAUGAUUGGCCUAAAGGAGCUCAAGGAUGCGUUUAAAGAGUUUGAUAUUGAUGGAGACGGCUCAAUCACCAUAGAUGAGUUGAGGCACGCCAUGGUGAAGCUGUUGGGCGAGCACACCAAUCGCAAGGAGAUCGAGGCGGUGGUGAGGGAGGCGGACAACAACGGAGAUGGGACAGUGGACUUUGAAGAGUUUGUGAGGAUGAUGUCACAAAAAUAA